AUCGGCGAUUCUCUUUUCCGCUUCAGCUUUCAAGCCGCCGCCGUGGUGCCUCGAGCAAUGGGAGGUGAGAUGCCCCGUCACUGCUCUGCGACUGGCUGUUGCACUCGUGAUACUCGUGAAACACGCAACCAAGGCAUUUCUUUUCAUCGAUUGCCAAAGGACAAUCCACGGCGAACCACAUGGUUGCAGAAUUGUCAGCGGAAGAACAUGAGUGGGCAGGGUCUCUGGAACCCUGCCUCUAAAUAUGUUUACUUUUGCUCCAAGCACUUUGAGAAAAAUUGCUUUGAACUAGUGGGCACCAGCGGCUAUCAUCGUCUCAAGGAAGGGGCUAUUCCUACGAUAUUUGAGCCUCAUGCAAAGCCACGCCGGAAGUCUAAACUAAACAGUUCCAAACUUGCAAAGUAUCAACAGAAACAGAGCUGCUCUGCAGAGGAGACAACUCCAUUGUGUAUGGAUGUCUCUUGCCACCCCGUGCAGGAGCUUCCAAGCCCUGGGGCUGCUCCCACUACUGUUGAGCUUCGAAACCAGCCCAAUCUGCCAGGGUCAGAACCAGAGAAUUUGGCCACUCUGUCAGACAUACCCCUGGAACAAUUAUCAGCUGCCACUGGCCAAGAAGAGGCUUCUCAAUCUCCAGCUCUUCCAGAACCUGUAGGGGAUCCAUCUCAACCCGUUUCUCUUUCCCUCUACAUGCUGCGACUCCCACCCCCGGCUGGUGCCUACAUCCAGAAUGAGCACAGCUACCAGGUGGGUAGUGCCUUACUCUGGAAGAGACGGGCUGAGGCAGCACUUGAUGCACUAGGAAAAGCACAGCAGCAGCUCCAGGCUUCCCGGUGUCGAGAACAGAGACUCCUUCUGCGCAUCUGUGAGUUGCAGCGUGAACGGCGGCCACACAGUGCCGAUACGCACCAACAGUUUAAGGAUCACCUGCAGGUCUUUGAAUUGCAGCUGCUGAAUGAAAUUGAUUGACUUGAAUCGGCCCAAACUUAUCUUGCUUUGUGUGGUAGUGUUACAAACUUGGGCAGUCAUAUUUCCCAUCUCCAAGGUAUGUUGUAGCAAAACCUGGGGAUCUACAAACUUGGAAGCUGCUUCAUGCAACCAUGUUGUCCCUUCACCAUUCAUGUUUAUAUCUGUAAAGGAAUAUUUCUUUUGUAUAAGUGGAUGUCCCAGCUCAGUUGAAAGAUACCUGAUUGCUUGAGGACAGAUUAUUUUGAGGAUUUCAUUAUGGUGCUGCCCUAGAGGGCCAUAGUAUUUCUUUUUAAAAAGCUGCUUUACAUAUUGGAUUUAGAGCUUGUCAUGGUUGCCCAAUAAAAGAAAAAUCUUUUUGAUGCUUUUCUUUAAGUUAUAAAGCUGUAUGAUAUGAAAAUCUUA